AUGAGAGCUCUUUUCCAAGUUUUUUUCCUUUUGACUUCCACUGUAUUUUCUCACCAGUUCGAGGAUUUUGUGAAAAGUCAUAUUAUUCAGUAAGUUUUUUUUUUGUAUUUCCACCUUUUUGAAGAGUUCCUCUGCAGAAAACUGAACGAUUCGGUUGACCCUUGUGACGACUUCUAUGAUCAUGUUUGCCCCAUGAACAUCAAAGCGGAAGACACCGCUGUUUAUUUAACAACAGUAGCAUAUAAAAAACAGUUAGAAACCGUGACCACAAAAUUCGACAGCUUCUUGGUAUUUCCUAUCAUUUUCCCUCUGAUAUCUCAUUUUUCAGAAAGAGCUGUCCUUGGAAAACACGCCUAGGACUAUUGUGAAUCAACUUCUUGAUAUGUAAAGAGAAUAGUUUUUUCAAGCUUAUAUUUUUUACAGAUGUUACAAAACGGGAUAUGGAAAGUUACUGGCGCUUGAAUUUUCAAAUGUUGUCUUUCCUGAAUUUCCUCUCGCUCCAAACGCCUCUUGUGAAUCGAUCGCUUACUUAUUUGGCUAUCAGUAUUUACAAAAGCAAAAAAGUUCCACUGUGAUUUGAAAAUUUUAUUUUUUUGAAUUUAGAUUUUAUUUUAGUUUCUAACGAUGAGAAACAUGUUGUUCGACUUACCACGGCAUCUGGAAGUCUUCAAAAGUAGUACGUUCAGAGAGUCUCGCGCCAAUUUACUAGAACUGUUCCAUGACUUGGUUGAAGAGCUCCAGGAAAAAAUUGAAGUAAUUUUGUGUUGAAAAUUGAACAUAUUAGUUAUUUUUACAGAACACUCCUUGGGUCGCUUAUCAUAAUGGAACAACAGCUUUCAAGGAGUUCCUCUCGAAAAAUUUGACGUACUUUGUUCCCGAUGAUUUGUUAUUGAAGGAAUGGGAGAAUUAUUAUACUGAGACAGUUGAAUCUUACAGGUAAGGCUUCUUGGAUUAUUGCCGAGGGAACUGAUAAAGAUAUAGUUUGAAAGCGAAAAUUGAAAUUGAAAGUUAGCACAGGUUGGAGGGAUCCUCCCAGGGGCUUUCAAAUAACUUUCAAAUCGAUUCAAAAAAAUACUUUCAAAUUUUUCCAACCUGUGUAACUUUUCAGUUUCAGGAAUACAUUUUCAAGUUUUUAUGCACUUUUGAGGGGUCUCGGAAAAAUGAGCAUGGAAAAAAUUUUAAAGUGAGGGUUUGCACGAGCUGAAACUAUGAUAGAUCUCUAACAGGACUAAAAUUUAAUUCUCGACGAAUUUAUAAAACUCCAGACGUCAAAAUCAUUUUGCUUCAUUUUACAGCAAAGAAAACUGUUCAUUAGUCUGUCUCUACCUCGAAGUCAUCCCGAAAAUUUUCUAUGAAAUCUAUUCGAAACCAGGAAAUGGCCUCAUCAAAAACGGUAGAGUUUUCAAUGCUUUCAACGGGGUCAGCGGAUUUAUAGUAUAAAAAUUUCUUCCAAUUUUCAGGGGAGCUACAUGUUUUUCACUCCCAUUGCUCAAUCUCUCAGCUUGAUUCAAAACAAGGCUCGAAUGGUAGUUUUUCUUACUAUAAAAUCAAAUCGAUCAAGUUUCAGCUUGGUGCAAUAGGUUUCAUAUUCGCCCAUGAGUUAAUGCACACGUUUUAUGUGACCGAAGAGGAUGAGUACCUGGCCAAAUUUUGGACAAACUCUUCAGGAUGCGUUCAGAAACAAUUCGAAGCCACUUGCAAACAAUUCGUCGGGGUAUGUGAGAGCUUUGAAGGAGCUUCACUGAAAAACUAAUGAUUUUUUUAAAGUUGAUCAAGAAGGUUCUUUUAAGUGAGGUUGCAUUUGUAAUAUUCCAAAAAGUUUCGUUGGUUUUGAAAUUUCGAUGCAGUUGAUCUUCUGGUCUUCAAAGAACAUUUCUUCAAAGUUCGUGUUUCAUAAAACCUUUGAAACAGGAAGUUGUGCAAAUUGACACUUCUAGUGUUUUUAUUCACAUUUUUGAGAAGCUUUUCGUCUUAUUUACAGAGUUUUAUCUACCUUAAAUUAAACCUAUUUCGUGAAAAAGACUCUUAUAAAUUUGAUAACGUGAUGUCAAAAAAACGAAAAAAUUUUUUUAGGAGAGGUGUGUCGGCGGUACAAACGAGACAAACGAAGAAGAUGGAGCCGAUAUUUCUGCGAUUAGGCUUAUUUAUUCUCACUUCGAAAAAACCCGUUCCAAUGAAGAGGUGGUUAACAUGGAACGUCUUUUUGGUUAAUCUUUUCACGCCAGAAGUCCGACAUAAGAGGGAUAACUGCGCCACAGAUGUUCUUCUACUCAUUGGCUGCCACUUUUUGCGAAAACGUAAUUCGAUCGAAUAUUUAUUUAUUUAUUUCUUUUUUUCAGGCAGAACUUAGGAAAGGACGACCAUUCGACAGUCAUGCAGGUUCUAAAGUCAGGACCAACGCGCUAGUUGCGCAAAUGAACGAGUUCAAAGAAGCGUUUCAAUGUGCUGACACUUCCAGAAUGGCCAGAAGCAAGGUUGGAACGGGAAAAUGACCUGCAGAUCUGGUCCGAAGUUCAGGAGAAGUAACAAAGAGCAGAGAAAUCAUAUUUGGUAUGGUGUGACAAAAAAUGAGUUGGAAAAGUUUUAGAAAAAGCUCAGAAAGUUUUCUUUCAGAAUUUUCGAAUCGAAGUUAAUUUGAUCAAUAAGAAAAAUAUUUUUGUUGCGAAAAAUUGUUGAAAUGAGUGAUUUCUCAAGUUUUUUUCUUACCUGUCACGGUGGUUUCUAUUCGAGACCAUUAGGCGCUUAGCUGAUAUUUUUUUUGAAUAAAUUUCCUUUAGGAUUACCUACCACAAAAUUUGGGACCAGAUCUGAGAAUUGUACUACACAAAAAUCCUUUAUGAAUAAUUUUUCAUCUUUCAGACUGACCAUUGUGUAAUAUACGGCAGCGAAGCUCCGGGCACUCAUUAA